AUGUUGUCAUCCACACCGCGGGCUCUGCAGGAUUCGAUGCCUCCGGUGUUCGUUACCAACGAUACGGCAGAGAAGGGACCCUCGUUGGGCCAUGAUGGCAAAGCCCCCGAGUACUUGGACCAAGCAACCAUCGAGCGUCUGGGCCGCCAGCGUCCAGACGUGCUGCCCAACUGGCUCGCCGAGUCGUUUUUCGUCUUCACCAUUGUCAUGUCCAUGAUGACGGGCGAAUACUUCAUCGGCGGCUUCAACAUUGUGCUGCCACCCAUUGCCGACGCCCUUGGGAUUCCUGCCUCAUCGAGGACUUGGCCCGCCGGAGUGACGAAUCUCACAACAGCCGCACUCCUCCUGCCGUUUGCCCGCCUCUGCGACCUGUACGGCGGCAGAGUCGUCUUCCUCUGCGGGCACGUGUGGCUCCUGACAUGGUCUCUUGUAAGCGGCUUCAGCCAAAACACCACGAUGCUUAUUGUGUGCCGGGCCAUGCAGGGCAUCGGCUCCGCGGCCUUCCUCCCCGCCGGCCUGGCUAUCCUCAGCCAGACAUACCGGCCCGGCCCGCGCAAGAACUUCGUCUUUGCCGUCUACGGGGCCUUUGCCUGUAUUGGCUUCUACUUUGGUAUUUUUGUCGGUGCCCUGACGGCCGAGUACCUCGACUGGCGGUGGUAUUUUUGGAUCGGCGCCAUUGUCGGCCUUGUCGUUGGGGUUUCUGGGUCGAUUAGCAUCCCCAGGCACUUGGGUGAUGUGAAUCCAGAUGCUAGGAUGGACUGGCUUGGCGUCUUUACUAUUGUUCCCGGCCUGGUCCUCGUCGUCUUUGCGUUUACUGAUGGCGGCCACGCCCCGGAUGGGUGGAAGACGCCGUAUAUUUACGUCACGCUCAUUCUCGGCAUCCUGUUCCUUGCUGUCGCCGUGUAUGUCCAGGGCUGGGUUUCGUCUCAGCCUUUGUUGCCCGCCGAUCUGUUCAAGGCCAGGUACAUGAAGCGGUUGAUGACGGCGCUGUUCUUGUCUUAUGGUGUAUUUGGCCUCUAUCUGUUUUACGCCAGUUUCUAUAUUGAGACUGUUAUGCACACAAAGCCAAUCCUCACUGCCGCUUGGUUCACGCCCCUCGCGGUCGGCGGCAUGGUGUUGGCCAUUGCAGGCGGGCUCGUUCUGCACAUCAUCUCCAACCAGAUCCUCAUGAUCGUCUCCUCCUUGGGCUUCAUCCUGUCUGUUCUUCUGUUCGCACUUAUUCCCGACCCAGCCACGUCCGGCAAGUCCACCAGCUUCACUUACUGGGCGUACAUUUUCCCGGCCAUGAUUGCCGGCACCAUCGGCGUGGACAUUACCUUCAACGUCACCAACGUCUUCAUCACCACGGCUAUGCCGCGCCGACAUCAGGCCGCUGCGGGGGGCUUGAUCAACAGUCUGCUGUAUCUAGGAAUUGCAUUCUGGCUUGGCAUCGGGGAGCUGGCCGUGUCGGCAACGGUGCAGAGCAGAGGCGGCCACGACAAGGUCGACGACCGUGAGCAGUACCAGAUUGGGUUCUGGACGGCGCUCGGCUUGGCCAUUGCGUCCUUGGCCCUCGUGCUCACCAUCAAGAUGGGAUCCGCCGAAGCCAGUAUGACGGCAGACGAGAAGGCUGAGAUGGAGUCGAGACUGCAGUCGCGACAGCAGUCACAGAUGCAGCUGGAGGAGCAGCCGCCCCAGGUACAAGCACAGCAGCAGCAGUCUUGA